GUUUGGUAUCAGUGAUGACGUCACGAGAUCGAGGAACCACAUGCGACCUCGAAACCUCCAUGAGAACUAUCUUAUAAUUGUACUUCUCUCAAAGUUUAGAUACGCUAGCUAUUUUGUAGUGAUCACUGUAUAGGAUUCAUGAUUUGGAUAUCCGAAUAAUAGCGUGGUUCAGCUGAGGAAUCAUUGUAAAAGGCACUGGUUUGUAAAGUGACCGCCUAACAUGGACAAGGGGGACCACCCCCCUACCAGCCCCACCCAUGGUUCCCAUGGUUACUUUGACCCUGCAAACCUUCUGGCAGGUGCCUCCCCAUUCACUGGAGCCAGCAUACCACCCUUUCCUCCAUUUGGACAGAUCCCUGCGGGGUAUUCGAUGUUCGGCCAUCAUCCAUUGUUCCCAGGGGCGCCACCUUUUGGUGGGUUAGGUUCUCUGGCAGAUAUUGGAAGUCCAUUGAGAUCACCCCUCCAACCAAGCCUCAGUCCCACCACAAGUGGAGCUGAGUGGUGGCGUGCCGCAUCUGAACAUGCCCGUCAUCUAUCUGGGCACACUGGCUUAGACUAUUUUGGGGCAGCAGGACUUGGGGCAAGCUGGCCUCCAUAUGGGGGGCUUAACACACUGGAUGCGGCCAGCUUGGAUCUGUUGCUAAGGCAAUCAGCUGCACAGAAAAAUUUAAAUGGCGUGUUUGGGAAUCCAUUAUUUAUGCCUCCUCAUUUUCUGUCAGCCUCAACCGUUGCCACGACAACUACAGCCAGGAGCGGUAGUCGCAGCAGUACCCCAAUUUCAUCCCCUACCAAGUUAACAAGCAGCAGCUCUGUGGGGAAACCUAGCAGUGCAGCUAAACAAUCAUCAGUAAUACACAACAGUGUUCAGAGUCCUAGUGCUUUAAGUCCCAAUGGUCCCAUGAACCUAAGUGGUUCAAGUGGGGGUGACAAGCGGAGAAAGAGAUCAAGUGAAUCAUGCAGUUCAACAGUAACAAGCACCCACUCCCCUGUCAUAUGUUCUGUUCCUAGGCCAGUUAUCUCCCCUGCUGUAUUAUCUCCCAAUAGACUAAAAGAAGCAACAAACCAGAGCAAACAGGUUGAGAGUGACAGUUCCGGAGACACUGAUAGUAGCGACAGUGAUGACUCGGACAGCGAGGAUGAGGACAUAAAAGCAAAGCAUAAUGAACCAGAACAGAAGAUGAACAAUGAAGAAAAGCCUGCUGCCCCUAGCCUAUCCAGCCCUAGCACCAAAUUCAAUAUAGCAGAGCUUCUAAAGCAGCACCAUCAGCAGAAUCAAGAGCAGCGCAAGCAACAUGAAGCAGCAGCUGCCACAGCCCAAGCAGCACAAAUCGAUAAAAAGAGGCAGCAGAAACGAAGCCGGAAAGACUCUGGAAAUGAGUCAGAAAUAGAACCACAGCAUAAACGAUUAUUAAUUGAACAUUUUAAACAGAAACCGCAACUCCCCUCGGAUAUCUCCCACUUGCCUCCAUCUACAGGUAGCCCUGAGAAGAAUGAGGACCCUAAGAAGGGGAGAGGGCGGGGAAGGGGUAAAGGGAGACCAAAAGAGCCAGUGCAACUGCAAUCCAAUGAAGAAUUAGAGCAACAGCGAGCGCGUAAUGAACUCUUGAAGAAAACGUUUGAAAAGGAGCUAAAACAGCAACAGUUAGCUCUAAAACUGGCGCGCAAGGCUCAACAAAUUCGAGAAAGAGAUGCUGUUCUCAAGGUACAAGAACUGGCAAAGCAGGAAAACGAGAAGUUAGCUGUGAAUAAGUCCAAAGCAAUGGUAAAGACCCAACAGGCAUUAUUCCCACAUUUAACAAAGCAACUACAGAAACAGGCGGCCAAGGAGAAACAAGACAAGCAAGGUUCGAAACAGGACAAGCAAGCAUCAAAGUACAAGCCACGUCAAUCAAAGCUCGCUCAGGCAUUGCUAGGAGUUCCCAUAUCUGGUCAACCCGAGACUGAGGACUCUGAGGGUGCAACUGAUCUGAGCACUUCUCAGCAGAAAGAGGCCAGAUUCAAAGAAUUCACUGACAGUCUGACUGAGACACCUGCUAGUGCAGGCAGUGAACAGUCUGAUGGAGAUGCUGAUGAUUCAGAUUCUGAUGGGGACAGUAGUAAUAGUGGAUCAUCUAGCAACUCUGAUGAUUCAGACUCGGACAACACUGGUUCCCAUAGCAACCAGGACACACUGGGAGAGAUGGGAAAAGAAGAUAGAAUGUCUGGCACUGAUGCGUUGUUUCCUCCCUCCAAGAAGAGAAGAGUUAUUGACGAGACUGAAGUUCGGAUUCCUUUGGAAUAUGGGUGGCGCAGAGAAACUCGAAUCAGGAGCGUGUCACAGCGUGGUUUCAGUGGGGAAGUUCUCUACUUUGCUCCCUGUGGCAAGAAACUUCGCACGUAUCAGGAAGUGGAGAAGUAUCUGGCAGCCAAUGAUAUCACAGAUCUCACCAGAGAAAACUUUGCAUUCACACUCAAGGUGAAAGUCGGAACUUUUCUCGAGGCCAAACAUGGAGAAGGGGAAAAUGGCUUUAUUGAGUUGUCUGAAGAUGACAUGCUCGCCAAGUUUGCUGCAGUUCAACUGAAAAGACAAAAAGCAGCCGAUCGAUUAAAGAAGAAACGACAGCGGAAGAAAGAUGCCCAGGAAACUGCUCGCAAGGCGAUAGAAUUAAAGAUGAAGCGAAGGGAAGAACAACAAGAGUUGGCACGUAAAGUAACCGAAAUGAAGGCAAAGAAGAGGGAGCAGAAACAACGACAGAUAGAUGAACAGAGACGGCAGAGACACGAGAGAGCUGUUGCAGAGAGACAACAAAAAGAGCAAAUGAAACAAUUGAAGAUACAAGAAAAGCUGAAGAGGCAAGAGGCACUAAGGUUGGAGAGAGAAAUGAGAGCUCAUCAACUUUUAGAGGAGAGGGAAGUCAAGCGACAACAAGCAAUGAUGCUCAAAGAACAGUAUGCUGCUCAGGAACGCGAGCGGCGCAAGCACAUGAUGGUCAUGGUAGGACUGGAGCGGGAACGUAGAAGACAACAUCUGUUGCUGGUGAAGGCUCUGGAGGCCAGGAAGAAACAAGAGGAUCGUGAGAAGCAGAAGGAGGAGAAGCGUAUGGAAAAGCAGAUCUGUAGGGAGAAAAAGAUGGAGCAGAGACGUAUGGAGAUCCAAAUGGCACAUGAAAUGAAGAAACCAAUCGAUGAUCUCCAGCUUAAAGAUCUUAAGCCAUUGCCAAGUUUUGAUCGUAUCCCAGGAGUGAAGCUUGCUGGGAAGGCAUUCUCCAAUUGCCUCAUGGUUGUUGAGUUCAUGCACAAUUUCUCUGCAGCCCUUGGAUUAUCUGGACGCACCAUUCCAUCUCUCAACAGCCUCCAGCAAGGCUUGCUCGCUAUCAAUGAUGAUGAUGUUGCGGAGGUUGUCUCCUUAGUAAUGCAUCUACUAGGUAUAGCUAUAGAUGACCCAGGUGUUCCGAAUCCGAAAGAGGGAAUGACAGCUCUUGGUCAGAAAAUUGGUGAUGUCAUAUUAGAUGAAGAAAAUCUAUCUGAAAUUCUACGCAUUUUCAUAAAAUGUCGCCUGGGAAAACUGGCUCCUUUAGCCGAGUUGUUGAAGACAACACCCUUUCAGGCAUUGAGCCCAACCAGCCAAUCAGAUAUCUUAGGAUUCCUAUGUGAUGAGUUGCUAAGCAACCAAAAUGUUCAAGAUGCUAUUGAGAAUUCUAUCGAGGCUAUGUCAACUAUGAGGAAGGAUAAAUGGAUUGUGGAAGGAAAGCUUAGAAAAUUGAAAACUGUGCAAGGUAGGCGGUUCAACAAGCCAGAGAACAAGGUCAGCGAAAGCUCCAUUAAUGAAGACAGUUCUCAUGUGGCGACACCUGGUGGGAGUAAACGUGGCAGCGAUGAUGAGGAUGAUCAGGAAAGUGGAAAUGAGAGUGACAUGGGAGGCAAUGAGGGAGUCAACCAAUCAGAUGGAGAGGAGGAUAACACAGCGACAGCUGAAGAUCUUGAGACAAAAUUAGAGAAACUGAACAAGCAGCACAGUCAGUUUAGAACCAAAGUCUUCAAUGCCAGUCAUAGGUUACGGGGUUUAACAUUUGGACAGGAUCGUUUUAAGCGCCAUUAUUGGGUAUUGCCUCAUUGUGGUGGUAUAUUUGUCGAGGGGGCAGAAUCUGCAGAAGUGGGAAGUGAUACUGAUGAAUCCAAUAAUGAAUCUGUGAAAACAGACAAUAUUGUAAAAUCGGAAAUUAACAAGGAAAUAGGUAAUUCCAUUAAACAGGAACCUGGGAAUGAUGUGAAAAUAGACACAGCUAUAAAGAAAGAGGUUGAUAGUAUAAAGGAAGAGAACCAGCCGAUUAUUCCAGCAAAUUCAGACAAUUUAUUUAAUCAUUCGAGUAACUUGGCUAAACUACAGCAUAUGGUGAAUGGUGAUAUUCCACACUUAAGUCCAAAAAUGGAAAAGAUUAAAGAAAAUGGACCAUUAAAUCUGGACAAAGCAGCAAUUGACAAAUCUCAGAACAAUACAAAUUCACAUGCAGUGAAUGGUUUCCCUGUAACUGAGAGUAUAUGUAAGGAUGAGCAGUCGCCUUAUCAUAUAUCCAAAACAGAUAAAGAUCAGAGAAAUCAGAAACUUUGCUCACUCAAUAAAUCCAAAGAAAAUGAUAGUGACAGUAAGGAAAUCCAGGGUGAAAAUGGAAGUUCACAAAAUGGCACUCCGCAGAAGUCUGAAUCAAACUUUAUGAACAUUGAUUCACUGAUCCAGAAAGAUUCUCAACAAAACAUUUUUGGCAGCAGUUUUAUGUCCCCCGAUCUCAAAGCUGACCAAACGACAGCUGGACAAAUGUUGAAAAAUCUAGCCACAAGUCAGUCAAAUCAAAGCUCAUGGUUUAGUAUUUUACCCAGAAUGCCCUGUGAUGAUAAAUCCAUAACAACAGGGUCUCUUGGUGUGAAUAAUACAUCGACACCAAAAGACACCCCUGCAGAUAAAACUGUAAAAUCUGAACCUCUCAUAUCUCCAUAUUUACCUCCCACCCCAUACAGUGCGUAUCUCCCAAGUCCAUCAUUUGCUUCAAUGCAUAUGGCGCAAUACAACUCAAAUAGCAACUUCAGUAUGGGAGAGAACAGUAAUAACUCAUCUUUCCCGUGUAUGCCACUUGAUCUCAGCAUGCCAUCCAUUUCUGCCCCAGAGACCCCUGAUAAAAACAAUGUCAAUAAAGAGACCCCUGAGAAGCAACAACAGCACAAUGCUUCUAGUUUCUUAGAUCAAUCAGGUCUACAAGAGGAAAAGGCUAGACAGUCAGAAGAUAUGACAUCUAUCAGUGUACUACAACAUGAAAAGCCACAGACUAUUCCAAUAGAACACCAGCAUGGAUGGUGGCGUAUAGCAGACCCCAAUCAGCUAAAGGCUGUUCAAAGGUGCAUACAUCCACGUGGAAUACGAGAGAAAAUUCUGCAGAAAAAUAUCCAGAAGUACCAAGAGUAUGCAUAUAGUUCCUGUAUUACUGCCUCCUCAGAAGUAACUGAUCUUAAGAUAACAGAUAUGGACCGUGAAAUAUCCCAGAGUGCAACACGUGCCCCUAUGCCAGACGGGAAGGAUGCAAUACAUCAGGACAUAAAGUUUGACGCAGAGAAAUCAGUAUUUGAAGAUAUAGAAGAUCUUGAAGAAAGAAUUUUUACUGCCAGCCUACAAGUAAAAGGUUGGAAACUACCUCCAAGGGUCACAGAUGAGGAGAAGCUGAUACUGGUGCCAAGUGAGAAAGCUCUCAAUAGUGAGAUUGAACAACACCCACUUGAUCAUGGCAGGGAGCGCCUCUUGGGCCUGGAAGAGAACAUAGAACGAAGAUACCUCAAGCCACCAUUUACUAAAGCUACAACAAUUGACCUCACAAACAUGCAGACAAAUCACAGAGCGGAGAAACGGUUAGAAAAGGAACGUGAACGUGAAGAGAAUCAUGAAAAUACUGAAAGCAAUGAUGGCAACCCUGAACAAAACAGUGCAAAACUCAAAGACAUUCCAAAUGCUCUGAUUGGUUGGCGGAAUUCUGUUGCCAAGGCUAUGAAUCCUUCCCAGUUAUACAUAUGUUUCCAGCAACUAAAUAAGUCAAUAGCAUGGGAGAAGUCCAUUAUGAAAGUGUUAUGCCAGAUCUGCUUACGUGACAACAAUGAGGCAGAGCUGCUGCUGUGUGACAACUGUGAUAAAGGUUACCAUACCUACUGUUUUAAGCCUAAGAUGUCCAGCAUCCCUGACGGGGACUGGUACUGCUUUGAAUGUAUAACAACAGCCUCUGGUAGACCCCAUUGUGUAGUUUGUGGAAAGACAGCUGGCCGCAUGGCUGAUUGUGAUAACUGUCCACGUGCAUUCCAUAUAGACUGCCUUGUUCCACCCCUUCCCAGGGUCCCCAGGAAGUGGUCCUGUGCUACGUGCGUCUCUGAUAAGUGUAAACCUAGUGGGCGUCGUGGUCGCAAGCCUAAGGCACUGAAAGAUCUAGAACGUUCCACAGAUGACACAACAGAUGAUGCUGACAAAUGCUCCACACCAUCUAGUGCAACAAGUAGCAAACAAAAUGGAACUGAUGACUUCACCAACUGCAGGCUUAUCCUAUCUGAACUCGAAAGGCAUGAUGAAGCAUGGCCAUUCCUGCUCCCAGUGAACUUCAAGCAGUUUCCACAAUAUAAGAAGGUGAUCAAACAGCCAAUGGAUUUCCAAACUAUAAGGAAUAAACUCAGGGACUCACAGUAUGACAGUGUUGAGGAAUUUCAUGAUGACGUCUAUCUAGUAUUUGACAACUGUAAGACUUUCAACGAAGAUGACUCCGAAGUGGGAGACGCUGGUCACAUUAUGAGAAGAUAUUUUACAAAACGUUGGAAGGACAUCACUGAAGACAGCGAUUAAUACAAUAUUGGCCAGCAGUUCACAUUAUAUGGAUUCAACAAGAGAAUAUGUAACAAAACAAAUUUUUAAUGUAAAGUAAUAUUGGGUUGUCUCUAGAAAGCCCAAGGUAACAUUUACGAGUAUUGUGCCUGUGGAGUUCAUUCUUUGGACAGAAUUUGUAUUUCCAUAAACAAUUUUUCGCAUCGGGUAAUGAUGCCCUCAAAAAGCAGGGCUAUUUAGGAUAAACUGAGGACUGAAGAAAGGUAUUUAUAUUAUGGAGGAUCCAUGUUUAAAGUUAUUUAUGAAUGGUGAUCUUGUUGAUCAUCAUACAGUAGACAGUGAUAUGCUCUCUACCUGUUAUUUAUGCUAACCUUUGCCAAAUUCUUAGAUUUUCAUUCAACCACACAUGGGGAUGGAAGCCCCACUAUCUCUUGUAUUUUAUAUUUUUAUUUUCCGGGAGUUUUCAUGAUAAUUAAUUCUAAAAUAUGUGAGAAAUGUACUCGUUUAUCCAAUGAAAGUAUUUUUACCUGUCGUGUACAACUUAUUGAUGCAAAAAGUACAAUAUUUUAUCUUGCUCAAAUGAAUUUUGUUUAAUACUGAGUCGUGUAUACAAUGUAUGUCAAAUCAUGAAAUCAUAUGAGUUACCUAACAUAGAAAUGAAGGUAAAGAAAAUAGGUGUUCACACAUUUUGAUCUCAUUUGUCACGUUGCGCAAUGCAAUGACAAUAUGUUACAUAGAUCAAGAAAAAACGAUUUAAUCAAUGCCUCAGCAUUACAUAUUGUUGUACGUUUGCUGAUAGAUUUUCAGUUGAAUUUUUAAACUCUUAUUCAUGUUUUAGAAUUUUUGUGUAUAGGAAUCAAUGAUGGUCAGUUGGACAUAAUUUGACUUGAAUCAUUUGAUAUGAUCUUUAUAUUAUACUUUAUAUAUAUAUAUAUUUAUAUGUCAUUAACAAAGUAGCUCAGAUAAAGCUUGUUGAAAUGUACAUUAGAUAGAUUUUAAUUUAUUGUUAUUUAACUGUAUACAGUGUUUUGAAAGCCAAUUGGAUUGGAGGAGUUGAUUGUUGAAAUCAUCUCAAAAAGAGAUAUACAGUAUAGCUGUUUAGAAAACUUUUAAACUAACUUUAGUAUUAGGUAAAGUCUGUAAUUGCACUGUAGUUUUACUCAGUAUUUCCAGUCAGUUUGACAAAGAUUAACAUUUCCUGUAGUCUCCACAGUUGCUUCUUAUGUGUUUAUAUGAAGUCAAUGAUUGCAUAAUGAAGUCUAUUCUACAGCCCUUAGAUUUUACAACUAGUUGGGUUAUCCAUCCAAUUUAAAGGAAUAAGAAAUUAGAAAUUAAUUUGAAUGUUAUCUAGAGGCUGUCAGUGUCUAGGUGUACUCCCCAUUUUAUUUAACAAAUUUUUAUUGGGUAAAAAUAACUAUUCACAUUCGUUAGAUUAUACUUUUCACUAAUUCUCUGAGAUAAUUCUAGAGUUAGAAUUCUUUGUAUUUUGUUUGGUUUUGUAAGAAAUUUAGUGCAAUAAGUAUAUAAUCAGCUGAAAAUUAUUCAUUUGUCUUGCAAGGAAAUAUAAUAUUAGAACACAAAUGAAUUGUUCUGAUGCUGUUCCACCAUCAACAAAUUAUUUACAGCCUCAUUGUGUUGGUAACCAUGGCAACCAUGCACGAAUAUAAUGUCUCAUUAAAAAUCCAAUGUUUGUCUCAUCACUCAGUAUUUCGUUAACAGCACUGGAUAUUGUAUUUGAUAUUGAAUAAACAGAAAUGCAUUCAAUUAUAGAA